UCUACGGAUACAUGUUAAAAUUCACAUUAUGAGAGCAAGUCCAUCUGCAUUAUAAAAGUACACUUUAUUGUUGUUACUUAUUAGACUCUCUCUUUCCAGAAGGCAAUUGCAGAGACAACAAUCACUGCAAAAUACAAAGAGCAACAAAGACAGAGAUAGAGAAAGAAAAGUAAAAAAAAAAAACGACAGCCUUACAAACAACAUAUAUACACACAAACAAAGAGAAAGCGAAAAAAACAUUGUUCAUAUGUUGAAGUGAAAACGAUAGCUGAUGAGAGGCUUUGCAACCUUUUCCGACCUGCAAUUCUAUGAGUAGACUCAGAAGCCAAUUGCAAGAAAAGAAGGAGGUGGGUUAAUUUAUCGUGAUGGUUGAAGAAAUUCAAAAGAAAAUGAUCAGAUGAGAUGGUGAUACGCUUCAAUUUUUGAACCGUUUCUUAGAAUAGUCCAAUGUCUCAAGACUAUCAUCACCAAGGUCUUGCUAGUUUCUCGAAUGAAUUUGAGAGACCUCAAGACCAACAACAACAUAUCGGUCUCCAGAUCCAACGAGAAAAAUUAAGAGUAGAACAAGGGUUUGAGCCACAAGGAGGAGAAUCAAGUGGAAUCCAAGUUUAUGAGACAGCCGGGUUGUUGUCUGAAAUGUUCAAUUUUCAGACAACAUCCACGGCUGCAACUGAGUUGUUACAGAAUCAAUUGUCAAAUAACUAUAGACAUCCGAAUCAACAGCCACAUCAUCAACCUCCGACCAGGGAGUGGUUUGGUAACAGACAAGAGAUCGUAGUUGGUGGAAGUUUGCAGGUACCAUUUGGGGAUACAAAAGAUGAUGUGAAUGCGAAGGUAUUAUUGAGUAACCGUGAUAGUGUAACUGCUUAUUAUCAGCGUCAACACAAUCAAGUACCAAGUAUAAAUACCGCGGAGUCCAUGCAACUUUUUCUUAUGAAUCCACAACCAAGUUCACCAUCACAAUCUACUCCUUCAACUCUUCAUCAAGGAUUUUCUAGCCCGGUUGGAGGGCAUUUUAGUCAAUUCAUGUGUGGAGGAGCAAGUACUUCUUCAAAUCCAAUUGGAGGAGUAAAUGUGAUUGAUCAAGGGCAUGAAGGUCUUUCAUUGUCCUUGUCAUCCACUUUACAACAUUUGGAAGCAUCCAAAGUGGAAGAUUUGAGGAUGAGUAGUGGAGGAGAAAUGUUGUUUUUCAAUCAAGAAAGUCAAAAUCAUCAUAAUAUUGGUUUUGGGUCAUCACUAGGACUAGUCAAUGUGUUGAGGAAUUCAAAGUAUGUCAAAGCAACACAAGAGUUGUUGGAAGAGUUUUGUUGUGUUGGGAAGGGUCAAUUGUUCAAGAAAAUCAACAAAGUUUUUAGGAAUAACAACACAAGUACAUCACCCAUUAUUAACCCUAGUGGAAGUAAUAACAAUAAUUCAUCUUCUUCAAAGGAUAUUAUCCCUCCUAAUUUGUCAACUGCAGAGAGACUUGAUCAUCAAAGAAGGAAGGCCAAACUUUUAUCCAUGCUUGAUGAGGUAGAGAAAAGAUACAACCACUAUUGUGAACAAAUGCAGAUGGUAGUAAACUCAUUCGAUCUAGUGAUGGGUUUUGGAGCUGCAGUUCCUUACACAGCACUAGCACAGAAAGCUAUGUCUAGGCAUUUCAAGUGUUUAAAAGAUGGCGUGGCGGCGCAAUUGAAGAAGACAUGUGAGGCACUAGGUGAAAAAGAUGCAAGCAGUAGUUCAGGACUGACUAAAGGAGAAACACCAAGGCUUAAGGUGCUUGAACAAAGCUUGAGGCAACAAAGAGCUUUUCAACAAAUGGGAAUGAUGGAACAAGAAGCUUGGAGGCCACAAAGAGGAUUGCCUGAACGAUCUGUCAAUAUUUUAAGAGCUUGGCUUUUCGAACAUUUUCUACAUCCGUAUCCAAGUGAUGCAGAUAAGCAUCUUUUGGCACGACAGACUGGUCUCUCCAGAAACCAGGUAGCAAACUGGUUCAUAAAUGCAAGGGUGAGAUUGUGGAAACCCAUGGUAGAAGAAAUGUAUCAAAGAGAGGUUAAUGAAGAUGAUGAUGAUGACAUGCUAGAAAACCAAAACCGUACAAAUACACAAACACCAACGCCUAAUAUUAUUAUUACAACCAAUUCUAACAUUACAGAAACAAAAUCAGCUGCCACUGCCACAAUUGCUUCAGACAAAAAACCCCAAAUCAAUGUCUCUGAAAAUGACCCUUCAAUUGUCGCAAUGAAUACACAUUAUUCUUCCUCUAUGCCAACUCAAUUAACCAAUUUCUCCACUAUUCAAGAUGAGUCCGACCACAUCUUAUAUCGCCGCAGUGGAGCGGAAUAUGGGACCACAAAUAUGGCUAGUAAUUCUGAAAUUGGAUCCAACAUGAUAACAUUUGGGACCACUACGGCUAGUGAUGUUUCACUUACCUUAGGACUGCGCCAUGCAGGUAAUUUACCUGAGAAUACUCAUUUUU